AUGCCCUGCCAUGCGGGCGCACGCGCACACCCUGGAGCAGCGGUCACGGUACCGGACCUGGAGGCUGGAAAGCAGGUUCGAACCUUUAGUGAGAAGUAUCAGGAGCUCUUUGAGUUUCAGCGCCUCUUCACCUCCUCACUGCGCCGCUACUUGGAUGCUCAACAGGCCUCGCUCCGGGCAACGGCGCACGCCCUGGGCGAGGACGAGGCGCACGCCCUCGAUCGUGUGGCGCAGCGAGUGGAAGCACAAGAGCUGGAGAAGGAGCUGAAGGUGGAGGUCCUGCAAAGGCGAGUGAAGCUCCUGGGAGCUCUGCAAGAGCUAAGGAGCCUGCAGAUCCAGGACCUUCGACAGCUGGUCCAUCAGCCGCAGACAGAGGCCUCAGGUGCGGAUUCUCCACCUCGCACCACGCGCGCCACCCACACCGAGCUGCCGGGGCUCCAUGCCGAGCUGCGGGCCUUGCGCCAGCGAGAGCAGGAUCUCAAGAGCCAGCUGUUCGGGCGUGAGGCGAGCCAGGGCAACCUUUCUCAGCGGUUGGCCUCCUCGGAACGGGCGCUGGAGCGUCGGAUGGAGUGCAUGGCAGCUGCUCGAAGGCUUGCAGAACGUGUCAAGCAAGCGGCUGCUGGGCCCGAGGUGGCUGGCCAGUUGCUUCAAGCAGCUUUGGAAGUGCAGGGAGAAGCCAUGCACACGCGCGAGCCAUUGGCCAGCAUGACAGGUGCCGUGCCAACUGCGCAACGGGGGGGUUCCCCCCUUGCGGAAUGCCCCGUGGCAGAGGAGCCCGCGCCUCCCACUUCACCCAAGCGACAUGGCUCGCCUGGUCGGCUGCCGGGCCUCUUGAGCCUUGUCCUGGAAGAGGUGGGCGUGGCUUCAGAACAGCUGGCUUCACUUUCUCCCUUGCGUUCAGCCUCCAGUCGGGGAGAAGAGACUCCCUCGACCCGGGUUCACUCCUACCUGUCGGAUGUGGAAGUUCAGCGCCAGGCCUGGCGGCGCUCGCCGGCCGAGGAGUCCAUGUUGUCGAGCCCUCCCAAGAGCCCACCGAAAGCGGUGUCCAGCGAUCUGCACUUCAACUCCCACCUCGACUCGCGCACAGAUGGAAUUGAUCUCGCCCUGACGAGCUUCCUGCGUCAAGGGCGAAAUCGCCUACGCAGGUCUCUUUUUUCGCGUGUGGGGCAUGGGCUGUACCGCUAUGGGACCUCUCGGCUGCUUCUACGUCUCGCCCAAGGCGAGGAGCUGGAGGCCGCGGGGGAGGGCGCCGGCUCGCGAUGGGAGCGCUUGGAGGAUUUUCUGCGUAAAGUGGAGAUGGACCAAAGCCAACGACUACGGCAUGCACGAGAACGGGCCAAGGUCGAUUUGCCGAAUUCGAUGUUUUUUGGCCUGGAGGAUGAAGCUGCUUCCUUGGCCGACGGCAGCAUUUGGACAGUCUUCACGCUGGAAUACGACUUGCUGUGUCCCGUUCAGCUUCCCCACGCGGCAGGCGUCCACAUGCUGACGCUCAUCCUGCGCAUGUGGUACACAUCAAUGGUUGCUUGCGUCAUGCACAUUGUGGCACCCCGAGAACUGCCCUUCGCCACCCACGCCAUGAUCGUCGAGAAUACCUUGACGGUGGCUGUGCAGGAGGAGGACUCGAAUUUGCAGCAGGAGGCUUGCCCCAUUUGCCUGGAGAACUUUCAAGUCGGCGACAAGGUCCGACGCCUGCCAUGCAUGCACCUGUUUCACGUGGUGGGUGGAGAGUCCUCUUCACAGAGCCGCCAUUGUAACAUCGACAGACACCUGGUGCUGGAUAAGCAGUGCCCCAUUUGCAAGACGCCCAUCGACAUCAUGGAACGCAUGGAACGAGAUCAAGCAGCAGCAAUGGACCGCUCGGAUGAAGUCGCUCCGGCACCCGUCGGUGAGAUCACAAUACAACCGGCCGAUUCCGGGGAGGGGUUGGUCGCUGACACCGCAGAAGAAGCCAGGCCGGCCACCAGUGAGCAGGCACAGGAAGAAGACCGACCGGUCGAGCAGCCUAAUCCACAGCGCUUGCCCGAACAGGCCGCCGAGCUGGAACGCGUGGUUCGAAGUUUACAGUCGCGUUGGCUGCAGAUUCAGGAUGUCGUGGCGGGGGUGCAGCAAAUGCUGCACUACCUCGAGGAUAGCCACUCCACCUUGAGUGCCGUCCGCAAUAGCACGGCUCGCGUCGACGACGCAGCGCGCACCUCUGCGGAGACAGGCACCGAGGAGCAGCCUCAAACGCAGGCGGCGCCUGAGACGGUCUCGGUGAUCGCUUCACCGACCGACGUCUCGGUUGAACCUCCGGUCGAGUGGGGGCACCCGGAGGUCACGGUGAUCACGGGGAAGCUGCAGAGGAUCCCAUAA